AUGGCGGCGGCAGUGGCUGCAGCAACCGGUGCGACGAAUAAUUCAUCAGAUGGUUCAAUAGUAUGUUACGCUCCAACCAUGAUCACUACUAACGGUAUAUGGCAGGGCGACAAUCCUUUAGAUUACUCCCUCCCGCUCUUCAUCUUGCAAUUAACAAUGGUGGUCGUUACCACUCGAAUUCUCGUUCUCAUUCUCAAACCCUUUCGCCAACCUCGUGUUAUCUCAGAAAUCCUGGGUGGAGUAUUAUUAGGGCCAUCGGUGCUUGGAAAGAGUGAUAAAUUCGCCAACACAAUCUUCCCUCUAAGAAGCGUGAUGGUGUUGGAGACAAUGGCAAACGUGGGUCUCCUCUACUUUCUCUUCCUCGUCGGAUUGGAAAUGGACAUUUCAGUGAUUCGUCGAAUGGGGAAAAGGGCUGUUGUCAUUGCCAUUUCCGGUAUGAUCCUUCCCUUUCUCAUCGGCGCCGCCUUCUCCUUCCUUCUCCACAAGCGGGAACAAUCCAUGAACCAAGGCACUUUUAUCCUCUUCCUUGGCGUUGCCCUCUCCGUCACCGCUUUUCCUGUCCUGGUCCGUGUCCUGGCUGAGCUCAAACUCAUCAACACUGAGAUUGGCAGGAUUGCCCUCUCCUCCGCUCUUGUCAACGACAUGUGCGCUUGGGCUCUCUUGGCUCUUGCAAUUGCCCUGGCCGAAAAUGACUCCACUUCCUUGGCUUCCCUCUACGUCGUCCUGUCCAGCGGGGCCUUUGUUCUAGUUUGUAUCUUCAUCGUCCGCCCUGCCAUUUGUUGGCUCAUUCGAAGAACCCCCGAAGGAGAGACCUUCAGUGAGUUCUACAUCUGCCUCAUCCUCACCGGCGUCAUGAUCUCUGGCUUCGUCACGGAUGCCAUCGGGACUCACUCCGUCUUCGGUGCAUUUGUGUUUGGGCUGGUGAUUCCCAAUGGGCCUCUUGGAGCUACGCUGAUUGAGAAGCUUGAGGAUUUCGUCUCGGGGCUUCUGCUUCCUCUUUUCUUCGCAAUCAGCGGUCUCAGAACCAAUAUAGCCAGCAUUACUGGCCCCGGCACGUGGGGGAUUCUGUUGCUCGUCAUAUUCCUGGCCUGCAUCGGCAAAAUAGCCGGCACCGUCAUCGUCUGCUUGUUUUACCAGAUGCCGUUCGACGAAGGGUUUACUCUAGGGCUCCUCAUGAACUGCAAAGGCCUCGUCGAGCUCAUUGUUUUGAAUGUCGGCAAAGACCAAAAAGUUUUAGACGACGAGGCGUUUGCCAUCAUGGUAAUUGUGGCGGUUGUCAUGACUGGAAUCAUUACGCCAAUCGUGACCACCGUCUACAAGCCAGCCAGAAGGUUUAUACCUUACAAACGAAGAAGCAUUCAGAGGUCGAAGCCAGAUGCGGAGUUACGAAUACUUGUUUGCGUCCACACUCCUCGAAACGUGCCGACUAUGAUCAAUCUCCUUGAAGCUUCCCACCCGACGAAACGAUCCCCGCUUUGUGUCUACAUUCUCCACUUGGUGGAGCUGAGCGGCCGCGCUUCCGCCAUGCUCAUUGUGCACAACACCAGAAAAUCCGGGAGGCCUGCUCUCAACAGAACACAAGCUCAGUCGGAUCACAUUAUCAACGCAUUCGAAAACUACGAGCAGCAUGCCCCGGGCAACUGUGUUUCGGUGCAGCCGCUCACGGCCAUUUCCCCCUACUCCACCAUGCACGAAGACAUCUGCAACUUGGCCGAGGACAAGCGCGUCGCCUUCUUAAUCAUUCCUUUCCACAAACAGCAAACUGUGGACGGGGGAAUGGAGGCAAUGAACCCGGCUUUUCGGACAAUGAACCAGAACGUGCUUACAAAUGCACCUUGCUCCGUUGGAAUCCUUGUGGACAGAGGCCUCAACGGCUCCAAUCGCUUGGCUGCUGCAAAUCAAAUCUCGCAUCACGUGGUUAUUCUCUUCUUUGGAGGACCCGACGACAGAGAGGCCUUGUCCUAUGCCUGGAGGAUGUCGGAGCAUCCCGGGAUAAACCUCAACGUCAUGCGGUUUGUUCCAGGGGAGGAAGCUGGACUGGAGAGAGCUGCUUCUACUUCCACUAGUAAUGUGGAUGGCAACGGGAACAAUUCGAGGAUACUGUCGGUGGAGAUGGAGUUAGGGUGGGAGAAGCAGCUCGACGAGGAGUUGAUCAAUGAUUUUAGAAUGAAAAAUGCCAACGAAGAGUCGGUUGUUUACACCGAGAAGGUGGUGAAUAACGGAGAGGAGACGGUGGCGGCAAUUAGGUCCAUGGACAACGUUCACGAUCUCUUCAUUGUUGGGAGAGGGCAAGGGAUGGUAUCGCCUUUGACGGCGGGACUGACGGACUGGAGUGAGUGCCCGGAACUUGGUGCCAUUGGAGAUUUGUUAGCAUCUUCAGACUUUGCUGCCACGGCGUCGGUGUUGGUGAUGCAACAAUAUGUUGGAGAUCAUGAUCAAGGACCAGCAGAAGUCGACACCCUCGACACGCCCGACACUCCUCCCGACCAACAAAACCCACAAUUUAACAGCGUCCACAACAUUAACCGCCGCCCACAACCACCCAGCAGGCCCAACAAUGGCUUUAACCCCUAAUCGUUUCACCACUUUUCACAUUUUGAAAACCAUUUUUUCCCGUCUUUUCUAUAUUUUACAGUGAACAAUAUAU